GACCAUCAUGGAACAUCUGGCCUGCAGUGCGAUCGUGGCCUUUUGUUUCUGGAGGGCACUUAUUGCAGGUGCACAUCCUCCUCGAUCAGUCCUGGGAGAAAGUCAACCAUUUCAAAGAAACUUUCCGAUGAAAGGUGAUGAUAAUGUAGCUCUCUUCACGACAACAGACACAGGUUGGUUCCUUGAAACGGGCGUUUAUUGCCUUGCACGUCUUUUUCUCUGAUGCAUCCACGUCACGCCGUGAGAACUAUAUAUUUGAAUGAACACAGUAACGUUGAUAAAUUAUACAGUACUGAAACAAAGAAUACAAAUGGCGCUCGGCACGACAAUACAAAUGGCGUUUGGCACGAAUAUAAACAAAGUUCUACAGGUUGAACAAAAUACCUUGUUGGCUGCUUGUCCUGAAAAGAGGUUAUUGAAUCCUUAAAGUCCCUUGAAAGUCCCUUUACUGUCUUUCUUGGCCUCUGCCAUCAACAAUUAUAACUCAGACUAAGAUAUGCUUAAGUUAGAUUGCACACAGUCAAUUAACAAAUUCCGUAGCAGUAACACAACAGAGAACGUUAGUUCCAGGAUGGAACAUAAAAACACAAACAAUGGCCUAACGUUAAUUUUACCUGUUACAUCACAUUUAAACUCUUACCUAUACAUCAAUAAAUCAUUUAUUUAUUUACUACAUCAAAUAAACCAUGAAUUAUGUAUUAAUCAUGCAUUGUGAACACAGCAUCUAUGUAACACCACUUACACUCCCACCAAAUCACUCAUUAACUUGGAACGUGGGAUUUUCUUUUAAACAAAAAUUAUGAAAAUAAUUAAUAAAAUGUUUUAAGUCUGAAUGAACGUGAUGAACGUAUGUGAUUUAGUUAACCUCUAGUAAGGUAACUACUUUGUGAAUAGGCCUUUCAAGGUGGACUGAUCUAGUGUGUGGUUUUCCUUUACCAAGUGUAGUGUCACUGACUAGUAGCUUCAGCUUUCGCACCAUGCCGUCUGCACUAGGAUGAGCUUCUACAACCCUGGCAAGCUUCCACUCAUUUCUUGGUUGAAGUCCUUUCAAUUCCCUAACAACUUUCUGGAGCCUGGCAAUGGCUCUCACUGCUCUGGACCAGUCAGAAAACUUAAUGAAGCGAUUCACUAUUGAAUUCACUUCUUUCGUCUUGACUGCGUGGACAUGGGCCUUGCGAAGCUCAGGGUCGGUUGUUUCUACUUCUCACACCAUUUCCUCUUCACGUGGAAGACUCCGCUGCCAAAGAAAGUUGGGUCCUUUCAGCCAGUUAGACUCUUUCAGCUGAACUGCACUCAGCCCUCUUGAGGCGUAGUCGGCUGGGUUAUUUUCAGAGUUGACAUAUCGCCAUUGUUCAGGGUUUGUGCUUGAUCUUAUGCGUUGGAUCCGGUUUGUUACAAAUGUGUGAAACCUCUUGGCGUCGUUGUUCACGUAGCCAAGGACCAUUUUUGAGUCCGUCCAGUAACACUCUUGCAGGUUUUCAAUCUCGAGCUCUCUUUUGACGACAUGACCAUUACAGACUGAAGUCACAGCUGACGACAAUUCAAGUCUUGGGAUAGUCGUUAGUUUGGUAGGGGCUACUCUUGCCUUCCCCAUGACAAGUGAGCAACUGAUGUGUCCUGUUUCACUUAUAGCUCGGAGAUACAAACAUGCACCAUAUUCAUUGAGACUUGCAUCUGAAAGGUUGUGAAGCUCGUAUCGCUUGACCUCGCCAAAGCUCGAUGAAAGGUAGCUUCUUGGAAUCUUCAGGGCUGCAAAGUGAGGCAAAUCCUUAAACCAUGACUCCCAUUGUGGCAGAAUGUGCUCGGGGAGAUCUUCGUCCCAGCUUACUUUGUCUCUGCAUAGCGUCUGAAGGAUCUGUUUGCCAACUAGUAUGAAGGGAGCCACAAACCCCAGCGGAUCAUAUACGGAAGCGACUGUUGAGAGAACACCUCUCCUUGUCAGUGGAUUUUCCUUAACUACAACCCUGAAUUGGAAUUCAUAUGUUUCGACGCACCACUGAACUCCAAGUGCUCGCUCGAUGUGAAGUUCUCCUAGGGCCAUGUCUAGAUCCUUGCUUUGGGCACGUUCUGCAAGUGGUAUAGCGGCAAUCACUUCUUUGUCGAGGACCUUGAUUAUGUCUGUUGGAUUGAUCUCUUUGACUUGAGUUUUGCACACAAAGUGUACUUCUCUCUUCAGCUCAACUGAUGGCUGCACGGCAGGUGUCACUUGUCGCACUAUGAUUCUGUGACUGGUUCCUAUUGCAUUACCGUAGUCACUUGCUUGAGUCGAGCAGCCAACAAUGCUCCAGCCGAGAUCAGUUCGCUGUGCAUAUGGAUGAUUUUCUUCACCGGACAGGAUCUCCCUUGGAAGAAGGGCUUGUUGACAGUUAUAGCCGAUCAGAAGGCCUACUUCGCAAUCCAGUGGUGGUGGAAUCUUGUCGGCCAAUUGUUCCAGAUGAGGCCAUUUAAGAGCUGUUUCAGCAGUUGGAAUGUGCGACCUGUCUGCUGGAAUGAAAUCUCGUGUGAAAAGUGGUGGCAAUGGGAUCCUUUUCUCUAAAGUUGUACCCUCUCACUUGUAGACUUGUCCGUUUCUGGCAGGGUAUGACUGUUGACCUUGAAGACAUUGUGGACAGCCGCAAACUGACAUUCUCUUUGUUUGUGUUGAGGUCUUGGGCCACUUCAUCUAGGAUGAAAGUCGUAUCGCUUUGUGUAUCUAAGAGCGCGUAGACGAAUUUCUUGAUCUGUCUGUUUUGUGGACGAGACCCAGACUGGUAUGAUUGAGGACGUCUUGUAUGACUCUGUUGGUAAUUGCUGCUGCAGCUAUUUGGUGUCUGCUCUGUGCUUUGAGUAGUCGUCUACCUUUGGAUGUGUUGACCUUUGAUGUUCCUUGAACUUGUCAUCAUGCAAACAUGUCGGGUGUCUCUUCUGACAUCUUUCACAUGUACUCUUGUUAUCACACAUUCUUGAGUGAUGACCAGUCUUCAAACAUCCAAAGCAAAGCUUUUCUGCUUGCACAAACUUGACACGAUCUUGAACCGUCUGUUCACUGAACUUUCUGCAUGUGACGAGGACAUGUCCUGUUCUUUUGCAAAAAAUGCAUGAUGGGAUGUUGCUCUGUGUUGUGUUUGUGGACAGUGUCUUUGCUUGAAUGGUUUGACUUUGUGGAUGCUUUGGUUUCUCGCUUUCCACACUCUUGAGCGCUUGUAUUGAGGAUAUAGGAUUGCAAGCGAGAUCUGCUUCCUUCGAUAGAAAGUCUACAAACACUUUGAAUGGUGGGUACCCAGCGUUUGCUUGUCUGACUUCCAUCGUUUUGCGGUUCAAACUGGAUACCAGCCAAUCUGGCAACUUCAGCAGAAUCUUUUGACUCUCAUUGCAGUCAUUGAGAACUUCCAAUGUCUUAAUGUGGGGCAUUGCAGCCUCGCAGCUCUUGAGGAAGUCUGCAAAGUCUCUUAGUUCACAACCAUCCUUAGAGCUUAUCUUUGGCCAUCCAUGCAGCUUGUCUCUGAAGGACUUCCCAAUUAUGAAUGGGUCUCCAAAACGUUUUUGCAACAGCUGCCAGGCUGAGUCGUAUGCUGCUUCAGUGCCUAGUAGGAAAAAUCCUUCAACAGCUUUCUUUGCGGCACCACCUAAGUACUUUCUUAGGUAAUACAGUUUUUCAUUCUUUGGAAUGUUUUUCCUGUCUAUUAAUGUUUCGAAAGAUAGGUGCCAGUCUUGAAUAAUGCAGGCUCUGGUGUUGGGAGACGAUUGGCACUUAUAGCUUCUGCUAGCAUGUUGACCAGAUCAGAGCUAUUCUGCACUUGAUGCAUGGACACUGAAGUUGGUGGCGCUUGAGGUACCAAUUGUGGACUUUGGGGACUAGGAGCUUGACUUGUAACUGGUAGAGGUUGAGGAAUGAAUGAGGGACUUGAGGCAUAGAGGGCUUGCGUUGUGACUGGUAGAGAUUGAGGGUGGUCUGGAGGAACUGUGAGGUUAAGAACUUGAAGUUCUCCUGCUGGCUCAAUCAGUCAGUUGUCUCAAAAUUGUCUUCGACCUGAUCGUAGACCUUUACUCAAGCUCUUGCAGCGUUCAACUUCUUCACUUCCUCUAGACGUUCAAGCUUUCUACGCUUGUCUUGCAUUGCCUGUUGUCUGGCUAGGUUCUCAGAUUCAAAUUGUGUCAGCCGCUGUUUUCCUUCAGCCUCUAGCCUUUGAAGUUCUAUCGCUUCCCUUUCUUGUUCAUCCAACACUGCCAAAAUCUCCUUGGAUGCGGCAGCUUCAGCUGCAGCCUCAUUUCUUUUGACUGAGUGGAUGCUAGAGUGUAUAGAACCACAUUUUGAUCGACGAGACGGUGGCCUUGAUAGAGAACCUGUUGAGUCUAGGAUCGAGCCAACAUCAGGCCAAGGUUCUUCCUCCUCAUCUGCCGUAUGCCUUUUAAGUUGCCUUUCUGCCUUUUGAAUGAUAAAUCCUGAAAGCGAAAUGCACGUGUUUGGUUCAGGAGUUUGCAUUCUACGUAACUCCUCAUAAAUGACCUGUACAUCAGAACAGGUGCUUUUCAGCUCAGCUGGUAGAGCACGGCGCUUGUAACGCCGAGGUAGUGGGUUCGAUCCCCGGGACCACCCAUACACAAAAAAGGUAUGCACGCAUGACUGUAAGUCGCUUUGGAUAAAAGCGUCUGCUAAAUGGCAUAUUAUUAUUAUUAUUAUUAUUAUUAUUUCAUGUUCUCAAUCAGCUCAUUUAAUUCGUCCUCAGAGGCCAAAUCAGUCAAUAUUUCCUUGCCUAUUCUUGCAUGAUACUUCCACUUCUCAUGGAUGAUCCUGUACCGACGUUGUACACUCUUCAGCCUUUCUUCUUGAAGUUAUUUUCCUUUCUCUGUUAGGGAUCGGGUUCUUUCACUUCUUCGUAGCCUUUCCACUUCUUCUGCAGACUCUGUGUCUGUCGCGUCGGGUUGAGCAGGUGAUUUGGUAAUUUCACGGCAUGUCUCAGUGCUUGUGUCUGACAUUUUGAGAUGGAUGUGGUAUGUGUCUCAACGAUUGAGCUUGAAUUUGAUUUAUAUUAGGCUAUGGGUGAAUGUAAGCUACAAUAGGCCUAAAUGUGAUUAGCCAGGAAGGUUAAUAACUGUAUGAAUUCCUUAACUGUGUGAAGACUAGGUGGGUAGCCUAACUUCUAAAUAUAAACUUCAAUAUUGCAUCAAGAUAACUAUCAGCAUUUAAACUUAGCUAGACUUCAAGUUGACUUCAACUUCAAAAUAUGAUUGAAAAUUACUUUGGUACAAAUAAACUUAGUAUAAACCUUAAUCACAGAAUGAAUAUGCGUGUAAUGCAUUAAAUCACGUAUCACUUCACAUAAUAAAAUAAUUUCACAUCAGUGGAGGUACCCUUUAAACUUGGCUUAAAUUGCCCUUUAAGCUUGGCUAACACCACUUUUCAUAAAACACUCAUCUUAAUUUCAAUUUAUGAUUAUCCUUUAUCUUUACUCAAAACGUGUUCACUUGCUUAUGGAGUUAAGUUUCCCUUUAAAUCUCGUGACAACCACAAACACCAGCACAUUCGAUUUAUCCCCAAAACAUGUAGGCUAAGCACAGUAUGUAAGAUUCAUAGAGCUGAGUCCUUAGUUGCAAUUUCCAAGUUGAACCACUUCUCAUCCCACCUUAACUUGAAUGUUGUGGUAGAGUGCUUUUGGCCUGAAAAGUUGCGCUUUCAACACAGUCCAAUCACCGUUGCUUGCAGUCGCUAUGCCGACAAUGUCAUGGGCUUUGCUUAUCUGAUCUGCUGGAUCUUCGUUGCGUCGUUACCCGCGGCGGUCUUGUUGUCUCUCCUACCCGUGUUGAGCAGGCGAGUUCUCACUGUAGCUCUCUUCACGACAACAGACACAGGUUGGUUCCUUGAAACGGGCGUUUAUUGCCUUGCACGUCUUUUUCUCCGAUGCAUCCACGUCACGCCGUGAGAACUAUAUAUUUGAAUGAACACAGUAACGUUGAUAAAUUAUACAGUACUGAAACAAAGAAUACAAAUGGCGCUCGGCGCGACAAUACAAAUGGCGCUUGGCGCUUCAAUAGAAAUGGCACUUGGCGCGAAUAUAAACAAAGUUCUACAGGUUGAACAAUACCUCGUUGGCUGCUUGUCCUGAAAAGAGGUUAUUGAAUCCUUAAAGUCCCUUGAAAGUCCCUUUACUGUUUUUCUUGGCCUCUGCCAUCAACAAUUAUAACUCAGACUAAGAUCUGCUUAAAUUAGAUUGCACACAGCCAAUUAACAAAUUCUGUAGCAGUAACACAACAGAGAACGUUAGUUCCGGGAUGGAACAUAAAAACACAAACAAUGGCCUAACGUUAAUUUUACCUGUUACAUCACAUUUAAAACUCUUACCUAUACAUCAAUAAAUCAUUUAUUUAUUUACUACAUCAAAUAAUCCAUGAAUUAUGUAUUAAUCAUGCAUCGUGAACACAGCAUCUAUGUAACACCACUUACAGAUAACCUUGCCUCAACAAACAGUAAGUCAUUCACUGUCAACAGACAAAUACAUGCAUUUGAUUCGUCUCAUUCUCACAACACAUUCACUAGUGUACCUUUAAUUCAGGGCCGGCGUCAGAACGAAUCAGUUGGACGGGCCUUUGAUAGCCAUAGGCGGGCAUGUUUUUUCACCGGACCCCCUAUGUGUGCACGCGCUUGCACGUUCACAUUUUUUUUAAUGGCCGUUGAAGUAAAGACCAUAGGCAGCUCGUGAGUUUCAAGUUUGGAGAAGCUUACAAUUUAUCCUACCAUUUCUACCGAUCUGCGUGAAAGUUAUGAUUAUUUUUGUAUGCGCAUUUUCGUGGAACAGUUUCAUUUCAAUAAUAAUAACGUUUUCGUUUCUCAAAAUCAUUGACACAUGGUUAAUCAUAUAAAAAUCUGAAGUAAAAUGAUAAAAAUCUAAAAGUUAAAAUUCAACUCUGCCAUAUGGACACAUUAGCUAGGUUUCCAUCCAAUUGGCGCCAGAUUUUCAUGCGACUAUUCUAAAAUCGACAUAAAAACGAUUUGUGAAUUUUCCCACCAGAGAUGCUUCCAUCAAAUUGACUUGUUGCAGAUAAAAGGCUGUGCGUGAUGACGUAGUACAGAUAAAAAUACAUUUUGCGGUAAAUUCCCAAGUACAGAAUAAAAAAUACAAGUUAAAUGUGUUUCCUUCGCAUUUUCAACUCUACUGAUGGUUUUCUCACCAAAAAUGUUGCGUUAUAUAGCGAGUGUGCCCACUCUGGUAUUGGCACGUGAGCUCACACAUAUAGCCUACAUGAUGAGAUUUUUAUGAACAAAAGAGUAAGAUUAUUUUUAUUUGUCAAACAGCAGGCAAGCAUCGAUGAUCAUGUCACCAGAAUAAGACCCUCGAUAUUUAUUGGAAAGGAGCAUCAAACUCAUCACCUUGCACUUUCACCACCAUGUGAAGUUCAUCAUAAUUUAUUUAAUCAGUAGCCUAGUGAACGGCAUACUUUCUUGAUGAAUCGUAGUGGGAGGAACACACAAGAUGUCGUGGCGUAACUUCAAGUUUACUUCGAUAUGAUGGUUAUUAUAUCAAAAGCGUUUCCACCGACAUUUAGCUUAUUUUGUUUUGUCGACAUUUGGAAAGUUUCCAUCGGGCUUGUCAUGACAUUAUUUAUCCAACAUGCACUUUACUUGCAUAAAAAGGUUGGAUGGAAGCCUGGUUAUUGAUACACUGUGCUCCAUUGGCGGCUAAAGAAAUGAGCGCAUAGAACUCAGAUAGCCUAUAGGCCAAUGCAGCACUAGGCCUAUAACUUCCAUCAUCAACUAAGUAAAAUACAGUACAUAGGCCUAAAGCCGAAAAAUAAAAACAGUAUAAAAUAUCCUGAUGAAAAUGCUGGUUCUUUCAAUCACAUUAAUAUCUCUACUCCACCUGUCUACCUCCCUUUCUAUCUGUCUUGACUUGAGCUAUUGCUAGUGAAGUGCAACAUUGUAUCAAAUCAUCAACUGAAUCCGGCCCUGUCGUUAGCGAACUUGCAACAUUGUAUCAACUAGCCUAUUCCGGACCCUCAAGCGUUUCCCGCGCCAGUGAGCUCUGGACAGAUAUGUUUUUUUAUGACGUUUCCACUGGAUAUAUGGGCUCAUCAGAUCAUGAUAUUUUGCUCUUUCACACCGAGGCUUGGUGAUUAUCGAGGCCGUGAGUGUUGGAAAGAUUUAUGAAAUACUGAGGAACUAUCAUUUGCAAUGUAUGUUAAAAAAAAUACUUAAUUUACUAUGUGUGAGGUGAAGUAAAAAUGACGGAGAACCUCAGCUUAUUAGUGGUGGAUGUGGUGAGUUAAGACAAUCAGAAAUCAGACAUUGCCAAAUGGGCACCAGGUAGGCCUACUUUUACGCAUACGCAGGCGCGUCCUCCCUCAACGUUAUCAGGACAGAGAAACCAGACACAUGCUCAUUGCUCAAGGAGCACUCCAAACAAAAGACAAUGAAAAAUGAAAAGAUUCAAAUCAACCAAAACUUGUUACUCACAAAUGUAGCAUGUUGUGAACUCUACAAACAAUAUUUCCCCUCCGAGAAUGAGAAUGGUAAAUUAUUGUAAUUAAUACAUGCAUUAACAGAAAUGUAUGUAACCAAAUGAAGAGGGAUUAAUAGUACAUUUACUAGGCCUACUGGUAACAUAUGUAAUGGAGAAUUGAUCAACAAUAAACCAUCAACGGGCAAAUAAUUCACACAAUGAAACAAUGAAUGGGCAAGAAUUGGCGGGAGACAGCUGAGCGCAUUCUGGAGAGCUGAGUGCAUGCAUUCUGGAGCGAGACACGCCAUAUCGUCGCCAUACAUCCCUCCCCCUUGUUCCAAAAUGUUUUAUUAUACUCAAGACACAUUAUCUUCACACAUAUUUUAAAUUAAGCCGCAACUUAAUUAGCUAGACAUAUUGCCACGUGUGCUGCCCAAAUUGCUGGAUUCCCAAAUAGGCAUUGGCCUACACACUUGAUUUGAAACAAUCCACAGCCAUUUUAAAAGAAGCUAGUGGUCCUCUGUGGUUAAGUUAUGCUCUCUGGUGAAGUACUUUGAAUGUUUUUAUUUAGACAGGAGUAAUUAUAUAAUUUUGGCAAAACAUCCAUUUACUUAAGGGGAAGCCAGCAUCCUAACAGUGCACUGUGCACCCGCCAACUUUCCUUUCCAAUUCACGAGAGGCUGAAACCAGAGAUCUGUAUAUAAUGACGAGAUGCUCAUGUCUCCACCCUAACAAUGGGAGUUGUUGGCCCAAAGGCGGGAAGGCAGAUGACAAGUUUAGGUCUGCAGAUUAUGCCCAUAGCAACCCAUUGUGCUUAUUCUGUAAAGAUUUUUGUGAGAGUGUACCCUCUCGCUUCUCCUCUUCUUCUCUGCUGAAACUCUCACCAGAGAACGCAACCGAGUGAGCGAAACAGCGCCCCUCUGUCUUACUACGUGUAGUCAAUGUAUCUGAUGCUGCCUGGACAGAAAUAGUAUUACAUGCCAUACUCUUUUGGUCUAGACAGCAACAAAUACAUGGUCUACACAUACUGAGACAGAGGGGCUCUGUUUCGCUCGCUCGGAUGCUUUAUCUGCGUCUCGGUAAAAUCAAUCUAUAUCAAUAUUUCAAUAGUUUAUUUGGACGUGCAAGGAGGUAGGUAGAGCGGGCCCCCUUAAGGCCGCCCAUAAAGCCAGCCCAGGUUACAUUUAAUGCCUACGCAGAGUACAUAUAAGGCCCACUAAUCCAAUGUUAAAUUAACACUUUUUAGAGUUAAAAAUAACACUGUUUCAGUUUACUGACAUACCUUGACGCAUUAGCUUUAUGUUUUGGUAUAGGCUACAUACAGUAUUAGUUUGGACAAAGUGAAAAAAUAAACAUACAAUGUUCAGUAACUCUUUAAUAAUAAUUAAAUUACUAUAAAUAUGCUUAUGUUCCAAUUUCCACACUAGCAUACCACCUACGGUGCUUGCUCAAUACAUUGCUUCAAUCUAUGUAGUAUGCUAGUGUGGUGGGUAUUUGGUAAAUUCUCAGGAUAUUCUCAGAAUUUACCCCAUUCUCCUGUCCCCUGCAUCCCACAGCUGUUAACUCCACCAAGGCUGGUCCCCCUAGUGGGGACGUUAACUCCAACACCUGGCCCUACCUGGCUGCAGCGCUGGCCACCGCCCUGACCAUCUCCCUGUUCAUCGUGGUGGCCGUCAAGUGCCGCCUCUUCCACCGCUACCUAGCCAGCUACCGCCACUCGUUGCUCCCCGAGGGGGACACAGCCAGCCAGCACAGCCCAGACGAGGUGACCUUCCCUGGGCACGGCAUGGUGGGCAGAGGAGGUGGAGGUAAUGGGACCCACCGAGGGUUGGAUACUGAUGACGACGAUGGCUUCAUAGAGGAUAAUUACAUCCAGGCCAGCGAGAGGGCGAGGGCAGAGAGUCACGAGGACGAAGGGAUGGAAGGAGAGGUGGUGGAGGAUAGUGAUGAUGAUCUUCAGUUCACCAUUGGGUGAUUUUAGGACUGGUUGAAAAUGAUUAUUUACAGUUGAUUGGGUGACAGUGGUGGGUUCACUUCACAGAAUCCCAUGCUGUCCAGACCAGACCUGGGUUCAUAUAAUAUUUGUUUGCUUUCAGAUGCUUCAGCUGUGCUUAAUUAAGCUUGUGUGUCACCCUAAAGUGAAAAAACCCGCCCUCCAGGUGAAACAGGCACUCCAGGCAGUCUCAAUCAAACACUCAACAUAUUUGAAAGAAAACUAUUACUAUUUGAAUCCUGGUCUGGUGAGAAUAUGUUGAAAGAUGAAAUAUACUGAGAAAUGAUCAUGGUCCCAUUUUAAACAAACAACAACCUAUUAAGGCUUUAUAGAACAUUCAUAAAAUCUUCAUAAAU